AUGCCUUCUUCUGAUAAUUUUUACCACGAUGAAAUAAUCCAGCGGCCGAGAAAGAAGCAUAGACCACAUAAAAAUGCGGAUAGUUAUUAUCCUACUGACGACCUCAGUGAUUACGUUUUGGUACCAAAGAAGAAACUGAAGAAACCACCAAGGGAUUUACCAGAUGUCAGUGAUUAUCCAUCGGACGUGGACGAAGAUUAUGAUCAUCCUGAAGAUGAUGAUGAUAGGAAUCACAAACCACCCCGAUCCGGCCAAAAAGAAGUCGUGCGGAAAAUUGUUAAGAAGAGAAGGCCGUCGAUUAUUAAAUUGUUAGAUAUAUUAGAUAUU